AUGCUGUCUCGCGUAGUUCCCCAGACAAAGCAGACUUCUUAUAUCGCAGUGCAAAGCCGUAUUGCCUCGACCAGGACAUUCGCAAGCCAUGCAUCACCCUUCCGAUCUGUCUCUCGACCUUUACAUCAGCCACAGAGCCGUACGUUCUCAAGCUGCGGCCGUAGAUGCAGCAAUGGGAACUACAACCGAUUCAGCAACUCCGGCCGGGGCCCACGGGCGCCGCCGUUGAUGUAUCACCUGUUGUCGCGGGCGCGAACCGAACAUUUCGUUAUAAUAGGCCUUGGCGCAUCGGCGUUCUACUACUAUAAUACUGAGGUAGUGGAGAUGACUGGCCGCCGGCGGCUCAACUUCAUAUCCGUGCAACACGAGCUAGAGCUCGGAGAACAAGCAUAUCGAGAGAUCCUCGCGGAGCAUAGAGAUCGCAUACUGCCAGACUCUCACCCCGAUGCCAAGGUAGUACACCGUGUACUCGAGCGACUCAUCCCUCAGGCACGCGUAGAGGGCGCCCAGUGGAGAGCACACGUCAUCAAAGCGGACAAUGUCAGAAAUGCCUUUGUUCUUCCCGGUGGGAAAGUCUUCGUCUUCACCGGCAUCUUGCCUUUCUGCAAAGAUGAGGAUGGUCUGGCUGCGGUCCUCGGGCACGAGAUCGCGCAUGUGGUUGCUCACCAUAGCGCGGAGGGUAUGACUCGGAAUUAUCUUCUGAAGUCUAUUGUCACGGUUGCCUCGUUUCUCUUCGAUAUCUCAGCCAUGAUUCCGGCUUAUUUGUCGCAUUAUCUGAUUAACUUGCCCAAUUCUCGGGUACAGGAGGCCGAAGCGGACGACAUGGGGUUGAUCAUGAUGGCUCGAGCCUGUUACAACCCGGAGGCUGCUAUUGCCUUCUGGCAGCGCCUGGUGAACAACAAAGAAGAACAUGAGAUUCAUCAAUUCUUGUCGACGCACCCUUCGGUAGGUCUCCUGAUCAGCGGCCGAGACACAUCUUCUAUUGAGGCAUAUCCUAAUUCAUUGGCCACAGAACGAAAGUCGUAUCCAUGCUCUCAGUGA